AGGCCAUUUUUGUGCACACGCUAUAGCAGGCAGGAAGAACGACGACCAUUAUCGUAAAACCACUACACUGUGAACUACAACAACCUGGUUGAUGGUUUGUAAAACUGUACAGUCCGUCUAGUCUACACUCCGCUGCAAGCUAUAAUACGAUCCGGGUUUAAAUCAAGUCGGUGUCGGUGACGUCGGUGUGUAUCUGGGUCUGGUGUGCUCGCUCGUGCGCUCUAGCUCAGACUCUGUCUCUUGGAACAGUACAAUCUCUGUUUCGUUAGUGCCGCUCUCCAUAAACGAACUUUUAUUGUACUUACGCGUCCAACGGGCGCGGCUUGGUGUCGCGAACUGGCGUUUUUAAUAUCAAAAUCAUGUCCUCCUUUGAUUAUUUGGAUUUGUGCCGACUGUGUCUUGUGAAGGAUCAAGUAUCCGUGCCGAUAUUUGAAGGAGAUGGUGAUGCCAGACAAAUAUUCCACAAGAUAUCCUUCUGUCUGCCGGUCAAGGUGGACAGAGAAGACAAAUUGCCAAAAAAAAUAUGCGACGACUGUGCUUACAAAGUAGAACUGUGUUAUCAGUUCUACAAUACCACAGCUAAUGCCGAAAAGCAACUGCUGCAAUGGCUUGGAGAGGUUGGACUUGAAGACAAGCAGGAUUAUGAACAAGAAGUCAUGAACUCGGAGAUGAUGAAGCAGGAACCGGACAACAGAAUAAACGUGACCGUAUUGUCGUCGGAAGAGCAAUCAAACAACAUGGAGAUAAAUAUGAUUGAUGGGAUGAGCCUGAGCUUGCCGAUCAUCAUGACAAAUCAGCAAAUGCCCGCGGUGUCGAUGAGCUCGACGGAUAACUUGCAAACUAUCCAGUCGGUAGCUGGGACCAGUGUCCAGACGACCCGGCGCAUGCAGAAAGACGGGCAUGAGGAGAUUGAAGACACUGAAGAGGACGAUAACUCGGAGGACGAGUGUGAUGUUGACGAGGGAAUGCAAGUCGUGAAAGAGGAGAGCGAAAAUUCGACGAGCGGUAGCAGGUCUAUGGAACCGACGACGUUUGUUAACGUCGCGUUAUGCAACGAAGCCGGACCCUCGGGUCUACAGCAGCAAAAACUCGGUGAUAUGACCGAGAUGAGUAUCCAGCAAUCGUCUGAAGGCGAUACGAAAACUGGAUACGUCAAUAAAACUGCUACUGCUACGACAAGAGCGAGGAAUGAAGAGGAGUCUGGGGAUCCACGGGGGUUUUUCAUCUUUGAAAAAGAGUCGGUGGUGAUGAGAAAGUGGCAAAUAUUGGAAUUCGAUGGGAAACCUUAUUAUGCAUUUGUACCUGAAAACGAAGAGCCGAUAAGUAUGGAGAACAUCCCGAGUAACGAUGAUCAGGGCGGCGAUGAUGAUGAUGAUGGUAAUAAUAGUGACGAGAUUGAUUACAUUAUUCACCAGCAACAGCAGGAUCAGCUGGAACACGAGCGAAGGAAUGAAAUUUCAAAAUUGGCGGGCCAGUGCAAGACCGAAGGUCCGAGCGAGGAAGACGAGCACGAGUUGGUGUCUGUCGGAAACGACGCCAGCUUUUAUGAUUAUCAGUAUGAUGUCGAUACAAAUAUUAUAAAUAACUCAGAUGAAAUUGAUGAGACUGAAAUGAAGCCAAUUUUAAUAAACGAUAUCCGUCGGACUGAGAACGGCAAGGAGCCGACCCGAGGCGAUUUGUAUCAAUUUAAAGUUGAGGGAAGCGUUGUGACGAUUGAAAAACUUGCUGAGAACGUGAUUUCCAUAAAGAAUGACGAUCAUGAUAAUUACAAUGAUAAUGACAAUGAAAAUGAUGAUGAUAAUGACGAAAGUUGUGACGUAGAUGAACAUCAUGAGGAGAUUCAAGUUGAAGAGGAAGUUGUUGAACCGGAAGAAAUUGAAAUGGACCAGGAGCACAUUUCGCAAAGUGAAUUUAUUGAAGCCGAGGAAGUGGACGGAGAAGAGGGAAUCGAGGACGAGGAAGGGAUUGAUGGAGAAGAAGAGGUAGAGGGAGAUGGAGAUGGUGAUAGAGAUGAAGAUGGAGAUGUUAUGGGCCAAGUUGAAGAAGAGGAAGAGGAAGAGGACGAGGAAGAACAAGCCCAAGAAGUGCCGCAAUAUAUCGAUGCGGACAGUAUAGAUUCGCAAGUGAUAGAGUACGUCAGUGAGAACGAAGAAGACGUAGACGAUGUUGAACCCGUUAGCGAGAAAACUUCCGAAGCGCCUGAGGGUCCGGUGCCCGUGGCGAUGGCCACCAAGAGCCAAAGACAAACAAAAUAUCGACCGAUUCUCCCCAAAGGCACGCCAGCACUAAAGUGCAAAGCUUGCGCCGAGACCUUUACUUCGGCGGUAGCUUUCCGGAAACACGUCGCCUGGACUCACAAAAAGAAAGUAUACAUUCAAGAGGACGGCGCUUACAUUUGCGCGGUCUGCGACUACCGGACACUCAAAAAGAGUCUCUUUGCCGCCCAUUUAGAACGGAAGCACGAGACCUGGCCGAAGAAAGGCCCCAGCAAUUUGGAGUUUCCCUGCGUGGUGUGUGGGUUCAAGUGUCGGUCCAAGCACUCGCUCCAGUCUCACUUUAUCCGGAAGCACACCGACACCUACGAGCACCAGUGCAAGUUCUGCCCGAAGCAGUUCAAAGUAAAAGGGGACCUAACGAACCACGUGCGUUUCCACCACAAAGAGAAGCCGAUAAACUGCGACGUCUGCGGUAAGCUCUGUCAGAACACCGGGUCCCUGUACGUUCACCAAAAAUGGGCUCACUACAAGCCGAAAUUCGAGUGUGCGAUUUGCAAGCGCAGGAUGGUAACGCAAGAAAAUUUAGACCAGCACAUGGUGACGCAACAUGAAAAACGUGAGAAAAUAGUGUGCGCAGAAUGCGGUAAAACCUUCACUAAAAAAGAUUCAUUCAAACGACACAUGGCUGUACAUACGGGUAGCAAACCGCACAACUGUCCUAUUUGCAACAAAGCCUUUGCUCGGCAGUCUCAAUUACGCCAGCAUGUACUUAUCCAUACGGGCAAACGUCCCUUUAAGUGUGAUAUAUGCGGCAAGGCGUUCACACAAAAGCCCGGGCUUAUUUGCCACCGCAAGACUCACCCCGGAUCCCAUCCCCCGCUUCCCGUCAUGCCUAUCGCCGACCUCGUUAAAGAAUUCACCGCCGAAUAUCUGAUGGAAAACGGAAACGCGAAUGACAUCAACGACGAGGUUGAGGCUAUCAGCGAUUGAUUAUCUUCUUUUGUAAAUUAUUUU